UAUCUAAAAGGGGCGGAAAGCAAGCUGGACAAAGACGAAAUCAAGUGGUGGCGCGUCAGGCGCAAGUGGCCAAGUUGGAGAAUGCGCUGUUGGCAACCGUUCCGGCAGAUACUUUGACCGGCAUUGGGGACAACUUUAAAUAA